GGGAUGAUUUAACUGGGAAUUGGUCCUGCUUCGAGCAGGGGGUUGGACUAGAUGACCUUCUGGGGUCCCUUCCAACCCUUAUAUUCUAUGAUUCUAUGAACAGUUUUCUGUGCCAUAGUUGGCAGAAGGAUUUAUAGUCCUACUUAGCCUUCCCAGAAGUAUUUUUGUAAUUUACAGCAGAUGGGAAAAAUGGACAUUAAGUUUAGAAAUGUUUUAGUUCAUUAUUAUACCACUAUUCCAAAUUCACCUACAUUCACCUGAAUUUCAGCUAAAAAUAAUUUGAAGGAUCUCUCAGUGGUUAGCACGACUAAAAAACUGACGAGGAAAGACAGGGGAUUCAGCACAUCAACUAAGUAGCAUCUGCUGGCGGGGUUCUUAUGAGGCCCCUAAAGACCUCCUCACUGUUUUGUAUCGUUCCCUUGUACUCCCCUUUGUGUCUGUCUUAAUCUGUUUGCUCUUGUUUUAUAUUCAAAUUGUAAGUUCUGAAGCAGCAAUUGUCUUUUUGUUCUGUGUUUGUACAGUGCCUAACAAAAUGGGGUCCUGGUCUGUGACUUGGGCUCUGAGGCUCUAUUACAAACAGAAACACGAAUGGAAAUGCUGCUGUUCCCUGUGUCAUUUUGGGUGAAUGUAGCCUUUCACUCUUAUUCAAAGAAUAUGUGAGCCAGGAAAGACUUUCCUGUCUGGAAUACUUUCCAUUUGUGUUAAUACUAACAGUAUUAUUACUGAUGUCCUUUGAAAACCAAAGACAUGUUGUGAAGAGUGAGGGCCUGAUUCUCAUUUACAGUAAGGACCUUAUUUUCAAAGGUAGGUACACCUAAAGGUGUAGAUAGGCACCUAAUCAGGUUAGGUGGCAGGCACCUAACCGGUAGAGAUGUGUUUGACAAUCCCAGUAGGUGCCUAUCUGCAUCUUUAGGUGCCUGAAUACCUCUGAAAAUCUGGCCCAAAGGCUGCUUUACAUCAUUUUACUUGCAGGCCCCUUCAUGCUGCCAGAACCGUAUAAAUAUUUUGUACAUAGGAAUCUGACCCUUGUUUUAAUGUUCAUAAAGUGCUCUAAAAAUGAAAAGUGCUAAAUAGUUUCAUAAUAUUAAGAACUCAUCUACUAUGGGGCUUCUGGCUUAAUUUCCAUCAGCAAAGUUUGCUGUUUGAAAAGACCUGUAACUGGACUUUGCUAAAAUAAGUCCAGGUUCUUUAUUUUCCUUUAAAGAUUAAAAGCACAUACUGCAAUAUUGUCUAAUGAGGUUUGUCAGGUACUGUAUAUGGAUUACCAGAAAGGUGUGAGGUGAUUAAAAGAGCAAGUUCAAACUAAAGAUUAGUUAUGUUGGGCUUGUUUCCAUUUUUUUUAAAGCUAAUGUUAGCUUUUAAAGUUUAAUUUGUACAUCAGUGUCAAGAUUUAUGCUUCUGGAUAUAUUGAUAAUUCAAAUUCCAUUGGUAUAUAUGAGAAUAUUUGGUUUAUGCAAUCUGGGAGCUCUAAUUGCAGUGAACAGCAAGCCUUUGAAUUUGUCAUGUCAGAAGGGAGGAGGAGGAACUUAUUAUGAAGCCUUGCCUUCACUGGGAAAGGAAACAUUGAGAGUAUCUGUGUUAUCUUGUACUGAUGAGCUGGCAUCAUAUGCUUUGUAAGGAUUGGUAUUUGAGUCCUCUGCUCUGUGGUCUAAGACAAGUGGUGGUGGGCAUUGCUGCUAAAGAGUCUCUUAAAUAAGGAAGGAAAACAAAUCCAGAAAUGCUGUAUGAAAACCCUAGUUACAUUUAAUGCUGUCUGAUGCACAACUGGUUUUCUACUCCUUAAAAGUGUAUAUCAGUUUUGCAGAGGGGAAAUAACUGAAGUCUUCAGCAGAACAACCCUAAAAAUUUUCACUUGUCUGGGUGGCAUUAUUCCCAUCUACAAAUUCAAACAGAAGCAAUACUUGGAUUUUCAUGUGACUAAAUGGUUUGGAAAAAGAUGAUACAAGGUUUCAAAAAAAGACGGUGCACCUUCAGAAGCUUGGCAGUCACAUGAAAAGGCAUGAGUAUAUUGAACAGUGAAUAUCCAAGAUACAGAUGGUUGAAAAUAUAGAGCUAUUUAAGGACCAGAAACCUAUUUUGUUGUGGGGACAACAUUAAAAACUUGGACAAUAUUUCUGCAUAGUCUCAGAUACCAAUGCCAUCCUUUGGUUUGGAAGUCAAUGGAAUUGUGAAUUCUGCACUCAGUGUCUUAGAUUAAUGAAUGCUUAAAUAUCUUCGGAUGAAUAUUUGAACAACACAUACUCUGCUUCAGUCUUGCUUCAGAAUGUCCGUCUGUGCUGCUUCUCACAAGGAGUUUUCUCAGUUACUGCCAAUUCAGGAUACUGGAUGUAGUAAAACAGAAAUUAAAAUCUCAUCUCCUGGCAUCAGCUCUCCUGUUUAUAGCUGCAGUCAGUCUGCUCUGACAAUGGAACAGAGCCCAGUUUAUAUUCCUUCAUCUUAUGUGGAAAACAGACAUGAAUAUUCUGCAAUGGCAUUCUAUAGUUCUGCCAUGAUGAAUUACAACAUUCCUAGCAAUUUCAGUGAUUCAGAAAGUGCAUCUGUAAGGCAGACAUCAAGCCCAAAUGUUUUGUGGUCUGCUCCUGGCCAUAUUUCACCUUUGACAUUACAUUGCCAGUCAUCACUUUUAUAUGCAGAGCAACCAAAGAGCCCGUGGUGUGACGCAAGACCAGUGGACCAUGCACUGCCUAUGAACAGAGAGACAUUAAAAAGAAAAUCUAAUGGCAGUGAUUGUACAAGUCCUGGUUCAAAAAGAGAUGCACGCUUCUGUGCAGUCUGCAGUGAUUAUGCUUCAGGAUAUCACUAUGGUGUUUGGUCUUGUGAAGGAUGUAAAGCAUUCUUUAAAAGAAGUAUCCAAGGACACAAUGAUUACAUAUGUCCAGCUACCAAUCAAUGCACAAUAGAUAAAAAUAGGCGUAAAAGCUGUCAGGCAUGUAGACUACGGAAAUGCUGUGAAGUAGGAAUGAUGAAAUGUGGUUCAAGAAGAGAACGUUGUGGGUAUCGUAUCAUACGCCGGCAUCGUAAUUCAGAAGAUCAAGUGCAUUGCACUGGCAAAGCUAAAAAGAAUAGUGAAAAUACAAUCCGAGUGAAAGAAAUCCUCCUUAAUGCACUCAGUCCUGAGCAGUUCAUUUUAACGUUACUUGAAGCCGAACCGCCUAAUGUGUUGCUGGUGAGUCGCCCCAACAAGCCAUUUACAGAAGUCUCCAUGAUGAUGUCAUUGACAAAACUUGCAGACAAAGAAUUGGUUCACAUGAUUGGUUGGGCCAAGAAAAUUCCUGGCUUCAUAGAGCUCAGUCUGUAUGACCAAGUGAGGCUCUUGGAGUGUUGUUGGAUGGAAGUUUUAAUGGUGGGUCUGAUGUGGAGGUCGAUUGAUUAUCCUGGCAAACUAAUUUUUGCACCGGAUCUUGUAUUAGAGAGGGAUGAGGGGAAAUGUGUAGAAGGAAUUCUGGAAAUCUUUGACAUGCUCCUGGCCACAACAUCAAGAUUUCGAGAGCUGAAAUUACAGCACAAGGAGUAUCUGUGUGUCAAGGCUAUGAUUCUUCUCAAUUCCAGUAUGUUUCCAUUAUCAGCUGCUGCAGAAGAACCUGAAAGCAACAGGAAGCUACAGCACUUGCUUAAUGCAGUAACUGAUGCUUUGGUGUGGGUUAUUGCAAAGAGUGGAAUCCCAUCUCAGCAACAGACAACUCGUUUGGCUAACUUGUUGAUGUUACUUUCUCAUGUCAGGCAUGCAAGUAACAAAGGUAUGGAGCACCUUCUGAGCAUGAAGUGUAAAAAUGUGGUCCCAGUCUAUGACUUGUUGCUGGAAAUGUUGAAUGCACACGCGCUUCGAGGCCAAAGAAAGUCUGCAGUCACAGAUUCUGAAUUUGGCCCAUCAGAACAAACUGAUACUAGAGAUGAUGCGUGGAAUAUGGCAGCACAGUAACUUUAUAAUUACCUGGAAGAUCAGGUUUGUAGGAAACUGUGAAGCAAAACAACAUUAUUUAGAGCUGUCGAAAACUUGAUAUGUCUCAUGAAUCUUAGACAACCUUUUUGGGGCCCUAUUCUAAUCUUUGCAUGUUUAUCUCGGAUAAGGCUGUAUAUCGCCUCCUGUAUUGUGUGAAGCACAUCUUGUCCAUGUUUCUGACAUAAUACUUAGCACUUACACUAAUGCUUUCUGUCUGAGACUUAUGAACACAAUACCCUGUGAGAUUGGAAAUUAUUAUUACCCCUUUUUAAAAAAUGGGUAAACUGAGGCAGAGAGAAGCUAGGUGACUAGCUUAAGAACCCACAGUGGAGAGCUGGGAAUAGUGUCCUGACUCCCAGUUCUUGCUUUAACCACUGGACUAUGUUUUCUUUCAAUAUAUCAACAUAUGAAAUGGACAGCUGUUACAUCACGUGGGAGGGAUUUGAUUAUGUGUAUAUGAUGACGAUCACUGGGGAAAUGCCUACAUUUCAGUUAACGUGGUUAAAGUGCCAAGACACAUGUAAAAUUUAAAUGAGUUUAUUCCUCAUAUGAUUAUGCAAUGGAUGCAGAUGGAACACAGAAACACUUCCUCGGCCUUCAUUUGAGCCACUCAGAAUUGGUUCUGGGACCACUUUAAAGACAAGCUCCAUAAACAUAAAAACAGGUUUCUUUGUUUUGUGAGCCUACUCUUAGUGUUUGAACUGUUUCUUUGUGCAUGGUACUCAUCUGCUUAAAGGUUGGCUGCUUAGUCAUUUUCACUUAAUACUAAAUUUUAAAAUUUAUUGUCACUGAGAUUAAUGUGCUGUUGUUUUGUAUAUUUAUAAUGACUUAAUGUGUAGGUAUGAAGGAUCAAGAAAUUAAUUUUUAUUAUGUGCAUUAGUAAAAAUAAUGUGAUACAGUCCACUGAACUAUUUUUUUAAAUGGUUUCCUAGGCAAUUUCACAAUCUUCCCGUCACUUCCAUCUUGAGCACAGAAGUGUCUAGCUGUAUUGUCAGGUUUAUGGGGUUCUGGAAAUGCAGUGUACAUAACUGUAGGGAGUGGUAGCAUAAGUAGAGAUGAGGAUCAGCUGGGAUCUGCUUUUACUUACAUGACUCAGUUUUGCUCUCUUAUUCUCAAGAGGAAGUUACAUGUAACUUGCUUUGCUAGGGAAGCUCUACCCUAAGUUAUGCUUUUUCAGCCCUCCUAAAAGAACCCUAAAUGAGAGAGGGAAACAUGCCUCUGGGCUAAAUUCAUGGAGGAUAGGUCCAUCAGUGGCUGUUAGCCAGGAUGGGCAGGGACGGUGUCCCUAGCCUCUGUUUGCCAGAAGCUGGGAAUGGGUGACGGGACGGAUCACUUAUGAAGUGCCCUGCUUCAUUGUGUGGCAAUUCAUUAUUGGCAUGUCACUAAAUAUAUAGUCACAUAAAAUGUCUGUCUUGUUGAUUUCUGCAGCUGUCUAAGGUGCAUUGAGUCUGAAAGGACAUAUAAUAUGGCCCAUAGCCUCAUUUGGAAAAUAAGAAAAUAUUUUUUCUGUCAUUUGCUUAUGUAAUAUUCUGUUUCAUGCUGGAAUUAAAUUCAUUAGCCUUUGAUAAUAACACUGGAGAUUAAUGGACUUGACUAGAUACUAGAGUGUUUAGUUGUAUGUUAUUGUCAUAUUAGGUAUGUGACAAAACUAAAUUAGAGAUUAAUUUGAUGCCCAGCUAAGUCAGCGGGGAGGCUUUCUGGUGAUUUCUAUGGGAUUUGGAUCAGGCCCUUAUGGCAGAUCCGCCAUACACCAUAUUUUUUAAGCACAAAGUCCCCCUAUGCUUACUCCCCAGAAUUCUGCAGAAGUUGCACUCAUCUUUCCACUUCAAUGAGCCUAUCCAUCUCCCUACCUUUUUCCAUAACCACAUGUAAAUUCCUUUGUAUCUAUGAUGCACACUUUAGACAUGCGCAGAGCUUUGUCCUUCUACUUGGACAGGACUAAAACCUUUAGGCGUUCUGACAAGCUAUUCGUCCCCAUUGCAGAAUGCUCUAAGGGCUCAUCUGACUCUAACCACAGAUUUUCCAACUGGAUCUCGAGUUGCAUUUGUCUCUGUUAUCGAUAACAGAAUGUGACUCCCCUGACUUUUAUCAGGACUCACUCCACCAGAUCCAUGGCAGCCUCAGUGGCCUUUCUACGUAAUGUCCCCCUUAAGGACAUUUCCAGAGCUGCCAUUUGGGCUUCUGAAAAUACGUUUGCAAAACAUUAUGCCCUUACACAGGGACCUAUCACUGAUACAUGUGGGCAGAGCUGUUCUAUCUACUGCAUUCCUUCCAGAUCCGAAGUCCCUACCUCCUUGAGAGAUACUGCUUUUCAGUCACCUACAGUGGAGCACCCACAGGGACACCUCUUGAAGAAAAAGAAGAAGAAGAAGAGGUGGUUACUCACCUGUGCAGUAACUGACGUUCUUCGAGAUGAGUGUCUCUGUGGGUGCUCCACUUCCCACCUUCCUCCCCUCUACUUUGGAGCUGGGGCGGCCUCACAUGCGCAUAGAGAAAGAGCUGAGGAGUUCAGCCACACAUGCGCACUAUUAAGACAAGACUGGUAUGUGAGGCAGGCUCCGCACAUGCGCGGCUGAUACGGGUACUGCUGUAAAAAUCUCCGAACAACGGCGCAGGGGUACACUGACACCUACAGUACACCCACAGGGACACUCAUCUCGAAGAACGUCAGUUACGGCACAGGUGGGUAACCUCCUCAAGACCACAAUUAAUCUGAGAUAACUGAUAAUAAAUUAUAGCGUUGUUGUAUAUUAAAAAUGAGUUACCAUUAUGUUUUAGAUAAUUUUAAUGUAUGUAUAUUUGAGUAACACAAAAUAGCUAUUAGAAACUUAUCUUUAAUGCUUAGAUAUACUGACAAAUCUAAAAAAAAAAUGAAAUGACAAAAUAUUUUUACUCAUUUAACAUUUUUAGCCAUGUAAAUAAAGGUGAAUUUGUGGGCAAUGUAAAAAACGCAUUCCUUUUUAUCAAGUUUUGCUAAUAAUAAAUUGUAGUGAUUCAGAAAGGAUGCUGUAGUUCAUCUCUAUGCCUUUACUUCUAUCUACGCACCUUAAAAUUUUUUUUGCAAUCUCUGUUACCAAGAAUUACCUAAAUUCCUAGUAUGCUGUGGUCACCAUCAGUUCUUGUUUUCUCAAGGCUUUUAGACUGACACAUUAGCAAGAUACUAAUUUUUUGUGGUACUGGCUAAAUAAUGGAUUGAUUUUCAUAUUUUUUUGUGGUUUGCUUUCAUGAAAAGCAGUUAUCUCCAUGAAUUGUUAACACUCUACAGUUAUUGUGAAUUUGUACUGUUCCCAUAGUUUUGUAUUCUAAAUUCUGUUUCACAUGUGUACCUUCACUGAAAAAGUUUAAAACUCAAAUGUUUUUAGAAUUUGAUGUCUUUUCAAAUAUUUUGUGAAUGCCAAAUCAAGUGGAAAAAAUUACCUUAUCUCAGCUGCUUUUUACUUCUGUAGACUUAUGGUAUUUUUCCAGUAAUGUGUAUUUCUUUGGAUUGUAGGUUUUUGUGGUGAAAUAAACAAGUAUCAUACAA